UGUCCAGCCCGCAACCUAUUCUUUCAAUGAUUUCUUCUUAAAUACAUUAGAAAUAAUAAUAUUUUCAGAGUUAUUCCCCCUGUUUUCAAAAUGGCUUUCCCGUAUUCCGCUCGGUUGAAUCACUCCAAUAUUCGACCACUUCAAACACUUUUGUGGAUAAAUUUGAUCGGCGGAAUUUUAAUUGUUGGACUUUUCGUUAUUCGAACAGAAAUAACACGAAAUGUUAUAGCUGCCAGUGAAAUUGCUUGCCUCCUUGUUGCAUUCCAUUGCAUUCUUUUGUGGUUUGCGGGAUUAGGAAACACGAAAUUUCUUCUCGCCAAACAAUUUAAAGCUUUCAUCAAAGGUGCUACUAUUCUCUUCUUCUCUUGUCUAUUUUUCCACUUUAUGGCUGUUUGCUUUGGCGCACCUCUUUUCACACAUACAAGUGAAACAUUCCACUUUGCCAUGUUACUCUCCUGCUGUACGUUCCUUCCAGUAUUAGUCUCAGUUGGUGCCAACUUCAGUUUAUGGUUAAAGAUAUUCGUUGAGAACAGCCCAGAUGAUGGUUGUGAACAAGUGGCCUUCAUUCUGUUUGUUUGUAGUAUCAUUGGUGCCUGGCUAGGGGCUUUCCCUAUUCCUCUCGACUGGGACAGACCAUGGCAGGUGUGGCCAAUUAGUUGUGAGAUUGGUACCUUAUGUGGUUAUUUGGUUGGAUUGGUUGUUAGUUCAGGAUUAACUUUCCGUAAAACUAAAAAAGCUUACAAGGUAUCGACAUAAAAAAAAAAAGUUUAGUAGUGUGAGGUCUGGUGAAGAGAGAGAUUAUUUUGCUACACCUCUUUGCUCAAUUGACCUGUUUGACAAAAAUCUCAUCAAGGUAAGCCCUGACAUUACUGCAGUAGUGAAAAGGACGCUUCCAACUUGCUGGAAGUAAAACUCCACAUCUUCCAAGUCCUCUUGAAUGCUUGGCAUGACAGAUUGUUGCUGUAAGUUCAAUGAAAUGGGACCAGCCAGAGCACUGUCAAAAGAGAACAAUCCAAGUCAUCCUUUUGAUGAUUAAUCCUUUUAAGCUGCACCAUGCUUUAACCUCUGAUAAAUUUACAUGAUGUUCUUCCAUAAUAUGCAGAGUCUCAGGUCCUCGUUAGUUGUGAUUGUGAUGGUUAAUUUAAUUUAAAUGCAGUCUUAUCACUCGAAAGUCUUUGUAGGCAAGUGUGCAUCUUCUACAUAUCAGGCCAAGAACCUCUUUCAAAAUUCCACUCUUCAUUGAGAUCAUUGACUAUUCUUGGAAUUGAACUCUUCCAAUGACAGUGCUUCAAAGUGCAGUGGAUGCCCGAUUUCGAAAUUUGUAUCUUAUUACUCACUUACUCCAUAGAUUUUCUUGAACCCUGGCAAUCAUCAUCGUUUAACGUCCACCUCCCAUGCUAGCAUAGGUUAGACGACUUGACUGAGGACUGGUGAACCAGGUGGCUGCACCAGGC